AUGGCUGCUUUCCACAAGCUUAAAAGCGACACACGACGAUUAUCUAGAAGCAUACGCCGAGUACACAUGCGCCUACUAUGGAAAAAUAAACUCGCUCAGAUAGAGCAAGCCUUCCAGAUGCUUAAGGGUUACGCCAAAACCCUAGCGGAUACUUCCAGAGAAUUCAAGGUGGCGCUGAAGGAUUGGCAGUUUAAUAGUAAGACUUGGGAGUUGGAUUUUGUGAAGAAAUACAAGAUCGUUAAGCAAGCAGAGAUCUUGAAGCUUACCCAAUGGUGCAACAAGAGAAUGCAAAGGAACUGGCGAGGGACCUUAACUAUGACAAUGCAUAUACGUGCUUGCCUGGCUCGUCUAAUCCGUUCUACACAGGAUAACACGGGCCUCCCACGGAAAGCGCCUUUCUUAGUGAACUCAAAACUGGCGAUUAUGUGCGCACAACCAAAGCACUGUUAUAUCAGAUAUAGGAAGACUAGUCUCAUGAAACCGAGAUCUAUCGUACUGGAACUACGGAACGUGAGACCAUCGACCAAUAUGAGCCGUCGGCCUGUAGCAUCCGAUGAUCAUCGGUCCUCCGGGUACUGGGAAAACCCGCGUCAUAGCCGCAACUGUCUUGCUUUUGAUUUCCCUCUUCUGAAGAUUCAACUACCGAUUCCACUGAAGAUUCUGAAUGGUUGGGCUGAGAGUCGUCCUCUGUUGGUGAAGAGACUCCUCGCUCUUCGAAGCUGA